AUGGUCCCCUUAUAUCUCUCUUUUUCUUGUUCUCUUUGUUUAAGGUUAUCAUCAUGGGUAAAAGGACAUGCAUACUUGCAUGGACGUGAUUACACCAGUGCCAUAAAUGCCUUCCGCCAGUUAGAGGAGACUUCUGUGCUAAGCCGUAAUGUAGACAUCCUGGCCACACUUGGAGAGACAUAUUAUCUUGCAGGAGAUGCAAAGAAUGCCCUGAGCAUGCUGCAGAGGGCCAAUGCUGUUGACCAUCUGAAUCUCAGGGGCACAGACCUCCUGGCAUGUCUCUUGGCGGGCGAAAAGAGAAAUCGUGAGCUGGAAGAGUUGGCAAUGGCUGCCACUUCUGUCACUGAUUCAGCUCCUCAGCCUUGGAUUAUUAUGGGGUAUUAUUGCCAACUCAGCAAAAGAACAACAAAGGCCAUUUAUUUUGCUCACAAGGCAUGUUCAAUCAACCCACGCAGUGUGGAGGGUCUGCUGCUGAAAGGGACACUGCUACUAGAAUUAAAAAAAUUACAAGAAGCAGUAAUGCACUUCAGGGAGGCAAUGCAAAUAGCGCCACAUCGUUUUGAGCCACACAAAGGUUUAGUUGACUGUUAUUUAGCAAUGCAUCGAUCCAGAGAAGCGGGUAACCAUUGCAAGUAAUGCUUGCAAACUAUUAGGCCAGACCCC